GUCCAUUUUUUCACUUCCCAAUUACUGCUUCACAAUAAUUUCUUUCCCUUUUUUACUUGUUGUGGAAACCCCACACUUCAUUUUGCUUCUGGGUUUCUCUCUAAUUCCCGUUUUGUUCCCAUUUGGUUUGUUCUUUUUUGUAUAUUAAGCACAUUGUAUAUAGCCUUUCCUCUUGUCCUGAAAGUUCUUGAAAGAAGGGGGGUGUAUUGGUGUAUUGUAUAUUCCAUGCCAUGGCAUCAGUUUCAAGUUUCCGGGUGGCUCUGCCUAGUUUUGUGCUCAAGUCAGAGUGUAAGUCUAGGAAUCGAGCACAAAUUCAGUGUUUAACGGGCCCUGAUUCGUCCAUGGUGUCUUCUGAUUCAGUUUUAGUAAAUGGAGCUUCUGUUGUUGGAGAUAAGUCCAAAAUUGAGCCUUUGAUCAAUGGUGAGAAUAGGAGGUUAGGGUCUAAAGUUGAGGAGAAGAAGAGUGUGAAAUAUGAUGUCAAGGAACAGUUAGAAGUGUUGUGGGAUGAUGGUUAUGGGACUGAGACUGUAAAAGAUUACCUUGAGAUAUCCAAGGAGAUGAUUAGGCCAGAUGGGGGGCCACCCCGGUGGUUUUGCCCAGUGGCCUGUGGGCAGCCUUUGAAGGAUUCCCCUGUUCUUUUGUUUUUGCCAGGUAUAGAUGGUGUUGGAUUGGGCCUCAUUUUACACCAUAAAGCUCUUGGCAAGGUUUUUGAAGUUCGGUGCAUGCAUAUUCCUGUUUAUGAUCGAACGCCAUUUGAAGGUCUGGUGAAACUUGUGGAAAAAACUGUGAGGCUUGAGCAUGCUUCAUCUCCAAAUAAACCCAUUUAUUUGUUAGGAGAGUCAUUUGGAGGAUGCCUGGCACUUGCUGUUGCUGCUCGUAAUCCUACCAUUGACCUGGUAGUGAUAUUAGUAAAUCCAGCAACAUCAUUUGGGAGGUCACAGCUGCAACCUUUGCUCCCUAUAUUGGAGUCUUUGCCUGAUGGACUUCAUUUCACAGUGCCUUAUCUGCUCAGCUUUAUUAUGGGAGAUCCAAUGAAGAUGGCAAUGGUCAAUAUUGAUAGUACACUUCCUCCUCCAUUUGUAGUUGAACAAUUAUCUGGGAACCUCACUGCUUUGCUACCAUGUCUUUCUGGCUUGUCUGACAUCAUACCCAAAGACACUCUUCAUUGGAAGCUGAAGCUGCUUAAAUCAGCUGCUGCUUAUGCUAAUUCCCGCCUCCAUGCUGUUAAAGCUGAAGUACUUUUGCUUGCUAGUGGCAAGGACAACAUGCUUCCUAGUGGAGAUGAAGCUCGACGACUUUGGAAUUUACUACAGAAUUGUAGAGUUCGUUACUUCAAGGACAAUGGGCAUACCCUCUUACUGGAGGAUGGAGUUAAUCUGCUGACUAUUAUUAAAGGUGCUUUGAGAUACCGCCGUUCAAGGAGACAUGAUUACGUUUCUGAUUUUCUGCCUCCUAGUAUGUCAGAACUGAAACGUGCAUUCGAUCAACAAAAUAGACUACUUCGCUUUGGUGCUAGUCCAAUAAUGUUCUCAACUUUGGAAAAUGGAAAGAUAGUGAAAGGCAUUGCAGGAGUUCCAAAUGAAGGUCCUGUCUUGUUGGUGGGCUAUCACAUGCUGAUGGGAUUAGAACUUUCUUUCCUCAUAGAAGAAUUCUUGCGUGAGAAGAAUAUUAUGGUUCGUGGCGUAGCACAUCCAGAGUUGUUCUUAGAGAGGCGUGCAAGUCCAUCUGAUGAAUUUUCCUAUUUUGAUUGGACAAGAAUAUAUGGUGCAGUACCUGUAACAGCAAGCAACCUUUUCAAGUUGUUUUCAAAAAAAUCACAUAUUCUCCUUUAUCCUGGUGGUGCACGUGAGGCUCUACAUCGCAAGGGUGAAGAAUAUCAGUUAUUUUGGCCUGAUCAGCCAGAAUUUGUGCGGAUGGCAGCACAUUUUGGGGCCACAAUUGUACCAUUUGGAGUUGUUGGAGAAGAUGACAUAGCAGAACUUGUUCUCGACUAUGAUGACCUGAUGAGAAUCCCCUUGGUUAAUGACUAUAUUAAAGAAACUACUCGGGAUGCUGUAAGACCCAGGGCUGGUUUCAGUGGUGAGGUUGGUAAUGAAAAUCUCUUUGUACCAGUGCUUUUUCCUAAGGUUCCUGGACGCUUCUACUAUCUGUUUGGGAAGCCAAUAGAAACAAAGGGAAGAGAAAAUGAGCUGAAGAACAAAGAAAAUGCAAAUGUAUUGUACUUGCAGAUAAAAUCCGAGAUUGAACAUAUUAUGGCCUACUUGAUUAAGAAGCGAGAGAAGGAUCCUUACAGGGGUAUCAUUGAUAGAACUAUAUAUCAGGCGAUUUCUGCUCCCCCUGGUCAAGUCCCAACAUUUGAUCCAUGAAAGAGCUAGUUCAGAAGGUAGAUCACAUACCAUUUUCUACAUGUAAAGUGGUGUAUGUACAAAUAUAUAAUAGUGUGGUGACGGUACUUUAUCUCCUGUGUUACAUGUAGUCUAUUCAUGAUCUAAAGUAUAUCAUAAUACAUUCUGUGAAAUAAAAGUGGAAUAAAAUUCUCCUGAUGGAUGAUUCUCCUGCAGGUUUUGAACGUUCUGGGAUAAUUCUUGGUCUAUCUGGGAAUGCUAUCUACUAUUUAACAAUGAUCUGCAAUUAUUACACAGGGCCUUGAUAUUGGUUCAUCCUCAGCCUUCUUCUUCUCUUGCAAUGGUGAAAGCACCAUCUGUGUAAGCAAAUUCACAUUCAUUUGAAGUGUGACUCUCCCUGCUCUGUUUUACCCUGCCGACCUUGGCAGCCAUUGUGGAUGAAAGUUGAUGAGGAAGACAUUCCGGUACAUGCGUGAAAACCGACACUCAAAAUUCAAGGGUUGAGAAGGUAGUGGAGGUCGCCAUCCACAAGUAAUUAUCAGAUUAUGUAUUGUUCUUACAACCAUUAUUUCACCGGAAGCACGUGAAUGAAUCCACUGGUGCAUACUGAGGUGCAAGAAAAGUGGAAUAUGAUCCUUGGAAGAAAAACGCAACUUUGAAUCUAAAAUAUAGCGGGGGAUUGGGAUAGAAGUUGACACUAACCCAGAACACCCAAUUUGGCACCAGAUUCCAGUUUCUGAACCAACCUUAGGAUCAAUACCUGUUGGGUUGUUGACCCAGAACUACUGUUGCCUUGCCAAAGAGAAGCGAAAUAUUCACAUUAUUUUUCAUAAAGUCGAAGUGAUUGUCUCCCUUCUUUCAUUCUCAAUCACAGGACCAGUUGUAACUCCGGUUCAGCAGUACCGAUACAAUCAAGAAUGGGGUGAAGGUGGUCACACACCAAUCACCAUUGAUAAGAAGAAUAUGAUUCGUACUGUUUAACUUUUUCAUUCAAUGGAAUGGCCUGUAAAAUCUUAAAAGGUGUUUGCAAAAAGUGGCGUAUGCUCUUUGCUACUGCGGCCGUAAGCAAAAUAGAGCAAAAAAUUUUCUAUCUAAAGAGAUGUUUCUGCAUGUCUAAUAUGUAAAAGAAAAUCCUUCUGCUAAGAGUAGUUAAGGGAAAGCAAUGGCUGAGUGGCUACACGAGAGGAGACUACACCACCUCCAGGAUGUUUUCACAGGCCGAACCCACCAGCAGGAAUGACGGUGCUGCGAAUGGCCUUGUUAGGGUUGAUUCCGUCGGAAUAACGCAGCGUGUCAUCUAUUUCCCAGACAGCUAUGGUACAAAACCAUUUGUGGAACAACGUGCGGUAAAUAGAAGGGGUAGGCCUUCAAACCCAGUUGAUGAUCGUGACUGGGGUUCUUCCCCCUACAGCACCAUGGAUUUGCGUCAGCCACCAUAUUCGACAGGCCACAAUGGCAGCAGUGGCUAUGGUGGGCAUAGUGAGUACAGCAAGAAUGAUUCCUGGAACAGGCCUAGUGGUAAUACCAUUAGAAAUGACGGUUUCGACGACUACCACCGCAGAAUUGAUCGCGCCAUGGAAGUGAUGAACACCAGUGGGGGGGUGGGGUAGCAGGCCAAACAGUGGAGGAUGGUCUGCAACGUCCGGCUCCUCACUGGCCAAACCAACAAACAACAUUGGCGAGGCUGUGGAGACUCUGAAGGAAGCUACCAGGUCUACAUCUUCACGACAGGGGGUUUCACAGCACUAGUUUCAGCAGGGCAUACAUAUGCUGAAACCACGACAGUAUGGAUGCCACAAGGCGAUAUGGGAACUUUAAAUUAACUUCUAUGUCAACCAAGAGCGUAGGGUUCUACUGAACACAACAUCUAGACAUGAUUACACAUAUAUAUGGAUCUAUGGACUAUAGCUUCAUGCAGCUUCUCAGCUGGAAUGCUCUGUGAGUUGAAGGUUUGUUGAAACUUCAUCUAGCUAGCUAAACUAUCAGUAUUGUAUGUUUUCCGUUUUGCUGUUCGUUACGGUGGAAUGUCUUUGGUGUCAUAAACAGGUAAGUGGUGCUAAUUAAUGGCCUUUGAUGCUCUGCCAUUGCUAGUAUAAAAUAAGCUUUCCUUGUAAGCAGAUUGCAAUGAAGUAUCUCUCCUUUUUAUUUA